CAUCAUAACAAAGUCAGUCAGUUAGUGGAGCUGUUUCAACACGUAAGCUGGUGGUGACUUAUUUACAAGCCACUUACUUUGGUGGCAGCAUGAAGAAUAACACUGGUAGACAGCAAUGACAGCUACAGCGUUCACUAGGAUUGUCUUAUUUGCUACAGACAAACUUAUACCCUGUUCAUAAUUUGAUAGAUGCUACAAUUGCAUUACAAAUAUUCCAUCUUGUCACUUUAGAAAAUAUUAGUACUAAAUACUGAUACUAAAUGUUGUAGCAUAAGCCCACCGCACCGGGGUAGCAUUGAGCUGUUUCUGGCUGUAAAUGAGGUUGCCUCUCUCCUCCUCGACACAACACACAAAACACAAACCAUAAAUACAAUGCCCAGAAAAAAAUAUAUCCAUAUGAUAAACCCUUCUAAAAAAAAGUCUUCAAUUUCAGAAUCAUCACUUCUUUUUUUUUUUUUUUUUUUUUUACAAAUCUGCAAAACUUUUUGUGUUCAACUUGUGAUAAAUAACAAUAGAUGGAAGUUGUGACUUACUACAAUGCUUGAACAAUUUAGCCUUUACAAAGCAGACUCUGAGGUUGUAACCACAUACAUGUGUUAAAAACACCUACAUACGCUUUAUUAAAGCAGUACAACAUAUACCUUAGCAGCCAGUUUGGCAUCUUCAAUCUCAAACAAGAGAGGAGGAAACAUUUCUGCUGUAAAAACAUUUUUGACAAAUUUGGUUUUAUGUUAUAGCCUGGUUCCCCCUUCAUAAUGUCUGUUAUUGGCAUUGAGUGUAUGUUUGGUUCAGUUUUCAGCUUAUAACUUACUUUGUAUUAUUUAUUUGGUAAAUGAAGGGGCAUCCUGACUUUCUGUCUCACACACACACACACACACAUAGAUCAUUAUAUCUACAUAAGCUGUGAGUCAGCAGAGUACCAGCCCAUCUAUAACUAGGAACGGAUGAUGGAGCGACAAUGUGAUCCGAAUCAGUCUCUUGCUCUUCUCAGUUCCUACUCUGCUUCACAAUGAGGCACUUUCUCUUUCUGUGGCUUGAUUUGAGGGGAAUUCUGCUCUUUAUUUUCACCGUUCUCCUGGUAGUGUAUUUUCUGAUAAAAAAGGAUCCACCUAACUUUCCCCCGGGACCACUAGCUCUCCCUCUUUUAGGAAACGUCUUCAGCAUUGAACCUAAACAGCCUCACAUUUACCUAACCAAGCUUGCUGAUGUUUAUGGGAAUGUGUUCUGCAUACGUCUGGGGAGACACAAAACAGUGUUUGUGUCUGGCUGGAGGAUGGUGAAGGAAGCCUUAGUGACACAGGCUGAAAACUUUGUGGAUCGGCCUGACAGCCCAAUGGUGAACAGAAUUUAUUCAGGGAACUCAGCUGGUCUUUUCUUCAGUAAUGGGAAGGUGUGGAGGAGACAGCGGCGCUUUGCCAUGGCCAUGUUACGUACCUUUGGUUUGGCCAAGAGCUCCAUGGAGCAGAGCAUCUGUGAGGAGAGUCGACAUCUACAAGAGGCGAUGGAGAAGGAGAAAGGUGAGCCAUUUGACCCUGUGCCCCUCUUAAACAACGCCGUGGCCAACAUCAUCUGCCAGAUAGUGUUUGGGAAACGGUUCGACUACAGCGAUCACAACUUCCAGAGCAUGCUGAAGAAUCUGACUGAGAUGGCCUAUCUGGAAGGAUCCAUAUGGGCCUUUUUUUAUGAUGCGUUCCCAGCGCUGAUGAAACACCUGCCAGGGCCUCACAACGGCAUCUUCACCAACUCCAAAUCUUUAGAGGCGUCUAUCAGGAGAGAGAUUGACAGGCACAAGUUGGACCUGGACCCCAGCAACCCGCGGGAUUACAUUGACACCUUCCUGAUAGAAGAGAAACAUAACAGACGCAGUGAACAGGGCUUUGAGGAAGGAAACCUGGUUCUGUGUUGUCUGGAUCUGUUCCUGGCUGGCAGUGAAACCACUUCAAAGACUCUGCAAUGGGGCCUCAUCUACCUCAUCACGAACCCUCAUAUCCAAGACAAAGUCCAGGCAGAGGUAGACCGAGUGAUCGGACAGACACGCCAGCCCACCAUGGCCGACAGACCCAACCUGCCUUACACCGACGCUGUCAUCCAUGAGAUCCAGAGGAUGGGGAAUAUUGUUCCUCUCAAUGGAUUCAGAAUGGCUGCCAAAGACACAACACUGGGCGGUUACUUCAUACCCAAGGGAACUUCUGUGAUGCCAAACCUGACCUCCGUGCUGUUUGACAAGACUCAAUGGGAGACUCCAGACACCUUCAACCCCGGACACUUCCUAGAUGCUGAGGGAAAGUUUGUGAGGAGGGAUGCAUUUUUACCUUUCUCUGCAGGAAAGCGUGCGUGUCUGGGAGAGGGCCUGGCGAGAACGGAGUUGUUCUUGUUUUUCGUCAGUUUGUUUCAGAAGUUUUGUUUUUCCACUCUGGACGGAGUUGAGCUGAGUACAGAGGGAAUCAUCGGAGCCACGCGCACACCGCACCCCUUUAAGAUCUACGGCAAGGUCCGCUGAACCCCGUCACCUCUCCCCUCCUGCAGACCAUAUGCUACAGUAGAUAGACAGUAAAGAGCAUGUGUGUGAAACACUGGAGCUGAUAAUGCAGGAACAAGGAAAUGUUUCAUAAAAUAAGUUAUGAAGGGGAACUAUUACCUGCUUUUUUUUUCGUCACAUCACACAAUCAAAUAAUUUGGGACAGUGUGAUGAAAUACCCUUAGACUGAACAUCAUUGUGUAAACACCAAGCAGCAGCAAAACCCUGCCUCUUUAAUCGUUAAUGACAAAUUCAACAAAUAUCAUGUCAUGUCUAUUAUUUGCCACCAACUUUCAGUUGGACUGCUGCCCACUAUAAAAAUAAAUCUCUUAAAGAAAGCCCAGAUUUCUUCCUUUUAGUCUCUUGCAGGUCAUCUACGUGCGUGUACGAUCGGAUCUGUCCUGAUGUGGUUGAUUUGUAAAUCGCUUCUUUAUUGUCACAUCAUGUGAAGAUGCUGAUGACAGAAAAUCACCUUUGCUUAAAACACCUGAGAGUCAAAUG